GUGGUCGGGGCUUGUUGCCGUUCGUUCCCACAGAGCCGCAGUCCACUCGGUGUCGCGUGUGAUUUGGAAUUGGUGUGCGUGUGCAGCGGUUUUCUACAGUCCGUGGUGUGAACCGGGUUCCGAACCACCAGGCCAGCUUCAGUCACCCAGCAGCCGGCUAACAACUCCUCCACUCGGCUCCCCUAGCAGACAUGUCCCCGUCCCUGGUGUGGCUCUCCUUGGCACUGUCGACGCUGCUGUGCCUCCUACACGGCGCUCCUGUACAGGGGGCGACUCCGGAGUGUGAGGCCAACCAGUUCCAGUGUGGGAACGGCCGCUGCAUCCCGUCGGUGUGGAAGUGUGACGGCGACCCAGACUGUACGGACGGCAGCGACGAGACCUCCUGUGAGAAGCUGACCUGUGCGGAUUCUGACUUUGUGUGCACUAAUGGCCAGUGUGUCCCCAAGCGCUGGCACUGUGACGGAGAGCCAGACUGUGAGGAUGGCUCUGACGAGAGCUCGGAGAUCUGCCACAUGCGGACGUGUCGUGUGAACGAGUUCAGCUGCGGGGCCAACCAGUGUAUUCCUGUCUUCUGGAAGUGCGACGGGGAGAGCGACUGUGAUAAAGGAGACGAUGAAGUCAACUGCAGCAACAUCACGUGCGCGCCCAACGAGUUCACGUGCGCGAGCGGCCGCUGCAUCUCCCGCAACUUUGUGUGCAACGGCGAGGACGAGUGCGGCGACGGCAGCGACGAGGUGGGCUGUGCGCCGUCCUCCUGCGGGCCCAGCGAGUUCCAGUGCGGCAACGCCUCCUGCAUCCCCGCCAGCUGGGUGUGUGACGAGGACGUCGACUGCCAGGACCAAUCGGACGAGUCCCACACCCGCUGCGGCCGGCACCCGACCCCCCCUGCCAGGUGCUCCUCCAGUGAGAUGCAGUGCGGCUCAGGGGAGUGCAUCCACAGGAAGUGGCGAUGCGACGGGGACAGCGACUGCAAGGACGGUAGCGACGAAAGCAACUGUCCUGUGCGUACCUGUGGGGCUGACCACUUCAAGUGUGACGAUGGCGGCUGUAUCCCUGGCAACCGCCAGUGUAAUGGUCUGCGAGAGUGCACUGACGGCUCAGACGAAAACAACUGCAAAAACGUGACCCAGUGCAGCGGGCCAGAGAAGUUCCGCUGUCGCAGUGGGGAGUGCAUCGAGAUGACCAAGGUGUGCAACAAGGCCCGAGACUGUCCCGACUGGAGCGACGAGCCCAUCAGCGAAUGCAGUGUGAACGAGUGUCUGCUGAACAACGGCUGCUCCCACAUGUGUAAGGACAUGGUGAUCGGCUUCCAGUGCGACUGCACCCCCGAGCUCAUCGACCACAAGACCUGCGGAGACAUCAACGAGUGUGUGAACCCUGGCAUCUGCAGUCAGAUCUGCAUCAACCUGAAGGGAGGCUACAAGUGUGAGUGUCACAACGGCUACCAGAUGGACCCCACCACGGGGGUCUGCAAGGCUGUGGGCAAGGAGCCCUGCCUGAUGUUCACCAACCGCCGGGACAUCCGGCGGCUGGGCCUGGAGCGCCGGGAGUACACCCAGGUGGUGGAGCACAGGAACACGGUGGCACUGGACGCAGACUUCAACCAGCAGACCAUCUUCUGGGCGGACCUGGGCCAGAAGGCCAUCUACAGCACGGUUCUGGGCAAGAAGGCGGAGCAGGGUAUCCACACCAUGGUCAUCGACAACAUGCAGACGCCCGUGGGCAUCGCCGUUGACUGGAUCUACAAAAACAUCUACUGGUCCGACCUGGGCACCAAGACCAUCGCCGUGGCUACCUUCAACGGCACCAGGCAGAAGGUUCUGUUCAGCAGUGGUCUGAAGGAGCCCGCCUCCAUUGCUGUGGACCCGCUGUCUGGGUUCCUGUACUGGUCUGACUGGGGGGAACCAGCGAAGAUAGAGAAGUCAGGGAUGAAUGGAGCCGGCCGACGGACCCUGGUGGAGACGGACAUCCAGUGGCCUAACGGCAUCACCCUAGACCUGAUCAAGGGCCGGCUGUACUGGGUGGACUCCAAGCUGCACAUGCUGUGUAGCGUGGACCUGAACGGGGACAACCGGCGGAAGGUCCUGCAGUCCUCAGAGUUCCUGGCUCACCCCUUUGCCCUCACCGUGUUCGAGGACCGCGUGUUCUGGACGGACGAGAACGAGGCCAUCUACGGAGCCAACAAGUUCACGGGCUCUGACGUGGUGACGCUGGCCAGCAACCUGUACGCCCAGGACAUCAUCGUCUACCACGAGCUCAUCCAGCUCUCCGGUCCCAACUGGUGUACAGAGAAGGGGGAGAAUGGGGGCUGUGCCUACCUGUGUCUCCCCGCCCCCCAGGUGAAUAAGCACUCCCCCAGGUACACCUGCGUGUGUCCCCAGGGCCAGGAGCUGGCGGAGGACGGACUGCGCUGCCGACCAGGUGUGUGAAACGCACGCACUCACACACACUCUCACUCGGAUCACCUGACCGCUCUCCUCUCCUUGAGGUUUUAUACAGAUCUCACCUGAAGUAGAAAGACUGGGCGGUGGUCUCCCUUGGCAACCUUGGUGGUCGCCAGGGGAUCAGCUUGAAUGCAGAAGGCUGAUGGGGAAGUGAGGUGUGUGGAGCUGAAGGAGGAAUGUUAUCGUGAGUUAUUAGGGGCACUGGUGUGGCUAGCAACCCCCCCAUGCUGUUGGCAAACACACUGAUCGUGUGUGUGUGUGUGUGUGUGUGUUCGCUUUAGCGGAUCCAUCCAAUGUAAUCUACAGAUGGUUCACUUUAGAAGAACAGGUUGUACAGGAGGGGAGCUCUGACAGACGGUCAUGGGGGGGACGGACGUCGAAAAAUGUUUCUCAAUCUUAAUUUGAAGUGAGACAUUGUCUUUUCUCCGGUCAUACAAUGUGUUUCUAACGUGGGUCUGAUCGCG